AUGCCAGAUAACAUCAACGCUGUCGUCCAGGUCGUUGGCCGAAUCCACCGCCAGGGCCAAGAACAUGUCCAAGUCGUCUGGACUGUCUGCAUGCUCGGCAUGUAUGACCAGUGGCUGUACUCGAACACCACGGCCAUGAUGCCGGGACAGUUUUCUGGCGGGGCUCAUAUGGAGAACAAGACAUUCGACAAAGCAGACCAAGAGCGCAUGCUCACUGCCAUCCAAAACAUGACUGGUCCAGCAGCCCACGCAUUGAUCAAACAAGUCAAGAUGACAGUCACAUUCAACAAGCUGAAGCGUACAUCGGCCAGCAGCUCGGUCAGCGACCUUCGAUUCAUGGAACGCAACCCGCCACAACGGAGAUUUUUAAUAUUGUGA